AUGCCCCAUAAAAAAAUGACAAUUUAUGAAGAUUCAGAAAUAAGAUUAUUUUUUAAGAAAAAAUCCAAAUACAUUUCUACUUCUGAAUACGAAACAAUUACUAAUAUUUUGGAAAAAAUUAAACAUAAUGAAGAUAAUGAUUUUACUAAAUUGAAAGAGGAAGGGGAUCUUGAAUAUAGAAAAGGCAGUUAUAAAAAAGCGAUAGAAUUGUAUACAAAAUAUUUGGAUGAGAAACAGUCACCUGUAAUUUAUAAUAAUAGAGCUGCUUGUUAUUAUAAAAUGAAAAUGUACAGUGAAUGUGUUGCAGAUUGUAAGGCUGGUUUACUUUUGGAAAAAAAUAAUAUUAAAUUUUAUGUUAAAAUAGCAUCGGCGAAAUUGGAAUGCAAUGAAAAUACAGAAGCCUUGGAAUGGUCUGAGAAAGGAUUAAAUGUAGAAAAAGAGAAUAGGAUAUUACAAGAGUAUAUUAUAAAAAUCAAUGAUAUAAAAAUAAGUUCUGUUUAA